ACACGGGCAUCAAAUCGACACUAAUGCUUUUCUUUUUGAUAACAGGCGCUAAUGAUUUUCUUAGAACCAAAAUCUGCAAUAAAUAAACCAGUGCAAUAUAAGGUUGUCGGUAACGUAAUAAUGCUUUGAUUUGAUUGUUCUUACGACAAAGUCCGAAGUUUACAUAGCAUAUCACUCCCCCAUCUGUCGUUCUGCGUUAUUGUUACCGAACUAACAUGCGUACUGCACCCCUCAUUUCAUCACAAAACCCUCUCGAAACCCUUCGUGCCUUUUUCUCUUGUGCCAAGGUUCUCCCUUUGGCGCAGCAACUUCACGCUCGGGUCAUCAUCAACGGGCUUCACAGGGAGGUUUUUUAUGGUUCCAACAUCACCAAUGCCUAUGUCCAGUCAGGUUCUCUUUCACUGGCUACAAAAGCUUUUGAUCAGAUCACCGUAAAGAACCUUCAUUCUUGGAACACCAUCAUCUCCGGUUACUCAAAACGCAGUCUCUAUGGUGAUGUUUUGCAGCUUUUCAAACGCUUGCGAAGUGAGGGCAGUGCAGUUGAUAGCUUCAACUUGGUGUUUGCCAUUAAAGCGAGUCAAAGGUUGCUGCUUUUAAAUAAUGGGAGAUUGCUUCAUUGCUUGGUCAUCAAAUCUGGGUUGGAAGGAGACCUUUUCAUCGUGCCUGCUCUGUUGGAGAUUUACGCUGAUUUGGGGUCCCUGAACGAUGCCCACAAGCUGUUUGAAAGAUAUUCUUACAGAAGCUCGGUUAUGUGGGGUUUUAUGAUAAAGGGGUAUUUGAAAUUUUCUCAAGUAUCCAAAGUUUUUGAGCUACUCUCUUGUAUGACUAAUUUUGGUUUUCAAUGGGAUGCUUUCACAAUGGAAGGCUUAGUUCGAGCCUGUGCAAACGUGUUGGCUGGGAGAGAAGGGAAAGCAUCUCAUGGGGUGUGUAUAAAGAACAAUCUUUUGGUGAAUGUCUGUUUGCUGACAUCUGUUAUAGAUAUGUAUAUGAAAUGUGGCUUUAUUCAUUAUGCAUUUAGGUUGUUUGAAGAAGCUAUUGACCAUAAAGACGUGGUUCUAUGGAGUGCUGUUAUUAAUGGGUGUGCUAAGAUAGGGAAAUUUCAUAAAGCUUUGUCUGUGUUCAAAAGGAUGCUGGAAAACUUAAUUACCCCAAAUCCGGUGACGUUGGCUGGCGUAAUUCUAGCUUGCUCUGGUGUGGGGUCUUUGAAACUGGGAAUGAGUGUGCACGGCUUUGUGAUUAGAAACAUGGUUGAAUUGGAUGUGGUAAAUUAUACUAGACUUGUGGACAUGUAUUCCAAAUGCGGGUGUGUCAAAGCUGCUAACAGAAUCUUCUGUAUGAUGCCGGCAAAAAGUGUAGUCUCUUGGACUGCAAUGAUAAAUGGAUACGCAAUGCAUGGCUUGUAUUUGGAAGCUCUUUAUACUUUUGAUCAAAUGACACAGAAUGCAUGUGUCAUAUCAGGAAAACACGUCCCCAACUCAGUUACAUUCACUUCAGUUCUAUCCGCUUGUAGUCACUCUGGAAUGGUUCAGGAGGGGUUAAGGAUCUUUAAUUCUAUGAAAGAUUAUGGCAUUUCUCCAACUGAGGAACACUGUGCCUACAUGAUAGGUAUAUUAGCUAGAGCUGGUCUAUUUGAUGCAGCAUUAACCUUUCUAUCAAACAUGCCCAUAAAACCCGGUCCUAGUGUCUGGGGAGCUCUGUUAAGUGCAUGUAGAUUCCAUAAACGAGUUGAUCUUGCUGACAAAAUAGCAAAAACUCUUUCACUUUUGGAGCCUAAUGAUUUGUCCUGGCAUGCAUCAUUGUGGAACAUAUAUGGUGAUGGUAGGAUGUGGGGAAUAGGAGAGAUGGUAAUGGCUGAAGAGGGGUUGAAUAAGAGUGUUGACUUUUCCUCAAUUGAAGUCAAGAACAAGUUAUAUGUAUUUAGUUCUGAUGAUACGCUUGCAUCCAUAAGAACACAUAUCAGUCAUACAUGGAAUUCUCUCAGUAGAGAAAUGAGAGAAAAUGCUUGGUUAUGAACUUAUGAUUCAUAUUUGGAGAGAAAUGUUCCAAACUUUUGUAGUCCUAGGUGUUGUUGAUUGUGAAAGAGUUGGGGAUUUUCGAAUUCUCAAUUUGUCGUGACUCAACAUACUGAAAUUGUGUAAUGUAACAAUAAUUCCUGAA